GGCCAAGGAAUGAAACGAUGUUUGACACUGACGUCCACCCUUUAAAAACUUGGACCUUGUCGGGCCACUGAACCAGACAGCUGCCACCAUCUGGCAUAGGGCCCAUAUGUCAAAAGGCAUUUAAUCUGAUUUUUUUUUUUGUAAAAUUUGUACCCAAUUCUAAAGUGUCAACCAUGCGUAAUAGGGGAACCAACGACCCAACCUCAACUCCAGCUCCCACGUUCUCACACUGCAUGGUGAGAAAGACCAGCCUCCAACUACGUGAUGCCUCAUAUAACAAAUUUCGACUCCUCCCAUCUCUCAAGAUCCGAACAAUUCUCAGUCCAACCUACCUUACUAAUCAACCAUAUCACCCUUCAUUUGCCUCUGCCACCCUCCAACGGACAGAAAAGAAAUGAAUUCCACCCAACAACGCCCAUCUCAUGCUUCCCAUGGCAGCUCCCGGAGCUACUUGGCUUGGUUCUUCAUCAUCACAAUCAUGCUCUACGUUCUCUACUCUUCCAACCACCUCCUCACGGAUGACCACCAAGACUGUCCCAUUCCCCAGGAUAUUUCCACCCAAGCUAAUCUUCAAAACCCCAUGCCUCUCACCAACUUCUCUACCGCUCCUCUUCAACUCAAAGUACAAGAAGAAGAAGAACCAAAAGAACAAGAAAAAGAGAACUUGGAACUUGCACUUCCUUUGAGUUCACAGCUUUUCGAUACUGAACUCAAACACAUCGUUUUUGGGAUCGCGGCAUCAUCAAAAUUGUGGGAGCAAAGAAAGCAGUAUAUAAAACAAUGGUGGAGACCAAGGGUGACGAGGGGAGUUGUUUGGUUGGAUAAGCCAGUGAGGACGAGAAGGAACGAAGGAUUGCCCCUAAUUCAGAUUUCGAGGGACACUUCAAGAUUCAAGUACACAAAUCGCCAGGGAGACAGAUCUGCAUUGAGGAUUUCCAGGGUGGUUUCAGAGACACUCAGGCUUGGUAUGAAGGAUGUAAGGUGGUUUGUGAUGGGCGAUGAUGAUACGGUUUUUGUGGUGGACAAUGUGGUGAGGAUUCUAUCUAAAUAUGAUCAUCGUCAGUUCUAUUACAUUGGAAGCUCCUCUGAAAGUCAUACCCAAAAUAUAUUUUUCUCGUAUGCGAUGGCAUAUGGUGGGGGCGGGUUUGCUAUCAGCUACCCCUUGGCAAUUGAGUUGGCAAAGGUACAGGACCGGUGCAUUCAACGAUAUCCAGGUUUAUAUGGAAGUGAUGAUAGGAUGCAGGCUUGCAUGGCUGAGCUAGGAGUGCCACUAACCAGAGAAGCAGGAUUUCAUCAGUAUGAUGUGUAUGGAGACCUAUUGGGCCUUCUGGCAGCUCAUCCUGUAACUCCAUUGGUAUCAAUUCACCAUCUUGAUGUAGUGGACCCGAUAUUCCCAGGGAUGAGUCAAGUCAAAUCCCUCCAACGGCUCUUCGAAUCCAUUAAGCUCGACUCAUCUAGCAUAAUGCAGCAGUCCAUCUGCUAUGACAAGAAACGUAGCUGGUCCAUCUCCAUCUCAUGGGGCUAUGUGGUUCAAAUCCUAAGGGGAAUAGUCUCCCCCAGAGAGCUUGAGAUGCCCACAAGAACCUUUCUUAAUUGGUACAGAAAAGCUGACUACACUGCUUACGCAUUCAACACUAGGCCAGUGACCAAGCACCCCUGCCAGAAGCCCUUCAUUUUUUACAUGAGCACAACUAGGUUGGACCGAGCUAGAAGGCAAACAGUAGGAGUCUACUCACGUCACAGAGGUCGCCACCCUGCUUGCAGGUGGAAGAUGGACUCGCCUGAAAAAAUCGACUCCAUUACAGUCCUCAAAAGGCCAGAUGAUCUUCGCUGGCAGAGGUCACCAAGGAGGGAUUGUUGUAGAGUUUUGCCAUCAAGGAGGAGCUCAUCUAUGUACCUAUGGGUGGGCAACUGCCGAGAAAGUGAAAUUAGUAUAGAGCAGCAAUAGGUGCCUGAUGUUGUAUAUAAUCUUCUCUCCUUUCUUUUCCUCUUUAAUUAGUUUUCCUAAUCCAUUUGGGAAUAAAAAUCAAUGAUGACAAACUGAAUUCAGAAGAUUUCUAAUUUUAUUAGCUUCCAUGAUAUCAGGAAAAU